AUGCCCAAAACGCUCCCACCCCCAUCUCUGAUGGUGCGCAAGUUCCUGAACCAUAGCGCCUCGGGACACGAGUCGACUGAAAGCCUGAGAGCGUCUCCCAACUCUUCUGAAGAGGGCUCAGCACCCGCGGAUUUCUUCGAAAGACAAUACUGUUUUGUCUACGGGACAUUAAUGGAUCCAGAAACACUUUCUCAAGUUUUGAGAACAUCACACUCCCUUCCUAUCAUGAGCCGUGCCAGAGUGAUAGGCUAUGAAAUUAAGCCAUGGGGCCCGUACCCUGCCCUUGUUGAUGGUGAAUCACGCCAACCGGUCGAUGGUAUGGCAUUCGAAAUCUUGUCAAAGACACAACUUGAUCGACUUGUGUCCUAUGAGACGGAAAUUUAUCAGCUCCAGCCUUGCCUAAUCGACAUUCUCGAACAUGAUAGUAGUGUUGAAAGGACUGUUGAUGGAGUCACAUUCAUGUGGAAUGGCCAGCGGGCUGAACUCCAGGAAGGAAAAUUUGACCUGAAGGAUUGGAAAAAAGAGAAAAGACUUCGAGAGCUGGAUUCACUCUGGGAAUAA